UGCUGAUUUACGGAUAUCUGUGUGCUAUGAGGUUGGUUUUGAAUGCCUCAUAGUCAUCAAUGUCCAAUAAGCUAGGCGGUAGUUCAUUCUAGUUGGUGAUGGUUCUUACAAAGAAGCUAUGUUUUCUUUGUUCAGAACUUGAUCCUAAUCUGACAAAUCGUCGUUGAUGGAACUGACGUGUCAUUCUUGCUGGUGUCAUCAAGUAUUCUGGAAUCGGAAUAGCAAUAAGUUGGUGGAUUACUUUGUGAAACAGGAGUAAACGUGAUGUUUUUCGUCUCUCCUGUAAUUGGGGCAGUUUUAGGUCCUCUAAUAAAGAUGUUACUAUGCCCGGGUCUCCAGAAUACUCAUGCCUGAUGAAUCUGGCUGCUCUCCUUUGGACCAUUUCUAGCUGUUGUAUGUGUUUUUGGAGAUGCGGGUCCCAGACACUGCUAAAUUAAAGGAUAAAGAAAUGUAGGACCACUCAGACCCUUAUCUAUAGUCCUAUGAUAUAAGACUUCGUAAGUGCAUAUCGUUUGCAUUCAAGGUUUUUUUAUCAGACAUUUUCUUUUUCACUAUCAAUGUUCCUGUUUCAACAUUGAUGGUAAAAAAGAAAUAAUUGAUAAAAAAUGUUGAAUGCAAACUGUAUGCACCUACAGAGUUUUAUAUUAUAUAACUACCGGUACCUCAUCUAUUGCUGUACAGGACAGCUCAAACAUAUUAGUUAUAAGAAUUUUAAAAAGAAAUCUUCAGUAAUUACAUGUUCUAUCUUUUUCAGUUAACUUGAAGAUUAAAAAAAGGUAGAUAACCCAAGAAAUUCAGACUGUUUUGAGAAAAGACAACCAAUUAUAUUACCUUAUCAUGGAGGAAGAAUCCUACAUAGUGAUGCAGAAUUUUGAUAAUGAAGAACUGGGUUUGUCUUCAGCAGACCUUAAUACCAUUAUACAAGUUCCUACAUUAGAACCUUUUAUAUUAAGCGAAGAAAGUGUUCUGGAAAACAUCAAUUCAAUUAAUGCCAGUGGUAUCCAUGGUGACCUUUUGGAAAAUUUAGAUCAAAUGGAACUUCAUCUAGAAUGUGAUGAUGAUGGAAAUUAUGAUAUGCCAUCUAUAAGUAGUGAUGCUCAUGUUUUACCUACUGCUCUUUUUGGGAAUAAUGUCAGCUUAUGCAUAUCUUUCUCAAAUAAUCCAUCAGUAAAACUGGAAAAAGACCGUAAAAAUGUAUACCCCUGUUCACUCUGUAAUGCAGAAUUUAAAUUUGAAUCAAAGUUUUGUAAGCACAUGUUAAAUGAUCAUCAAGUGACAAAUCCAUUUCAGUGUGAGUCUUGUAACUAUGCCGCAUCCUGUAGGAAGGUACUUUUAAAGCACUUCAAAAGACGUCACACCAAGACGUCAGACUCAAAUAAACCUUAUUUUUCUGAUGUUACAAGUGCUUCCCAAGAACAGAAUAGACAGGCCCCUAUUAAUGAUACAGUUUUACCAGUCACAGAACUUGAAUAUAAGACAUCUGGUGGCAGUGAUCGAAGUGAUAUUUCACAUCAAGAUCAAAAUACCAGUAAAAGUGACAGUCUCAUUGUUUCAGUCUUAAAAUGUUCUCAAUGUGAUUACACAUGUAAACAAAAGCGAAGUCUGCUUCUUCACAUCAAACACCAUUCAGGUGAAUUUGAAUCGCAAUGUGAUAUAUGUCAAAAGAAAUUUGUUACCACUACUGCAUUUAAGAGACAUUCUAAAACUCACCACGAUAAUAGACCAUUUGUUUGUACAUUUGAAAGCUGCGAUAAAAGUUUCAAAGUAAAAAGUGCAUUAACUGAUCAUGAAAGAUAUGUUCAUAGAAGAAGUACAUGUAUCAAUGAGAAACAAAAUGGUCGUCAAAAACAACAGACUACGUCAAAGAAUUGUGACAAGAAAUGCAACUAUAAAUGUACUUUUGAUGAUUGUGAAAAGUCAUUUAGAGAUUCUUAUAAUUUGAAGACACACAUGGCAACACACACUGGUGUGAAGGAACAAAAAUGUCUGCAUUGUGAUUUUAUAUGUGUUCAAAAAGCUUCUAUGAACUGGCAUUUAAAAUCAAAACAUAAAAAAUAAAUUUUACCCUAAAAGUUGAGUUUACAAACAUACAUACGUCUUUUUUUUACAACAAAUGUCAACCAGCAAAAGAUGAAUGGUUGGUGCAUUGCAAAAAAUUUAGGAUGGCCUUUACAU